AAGAAGAGUCUAAAAAGGAGGUAGAACCUAAGAAACCAUCCAAAGAAGAGGGAGAAGUCAGGAGGCCUUCAGAGGAGAAGAAAGAAACACUAAAGCCUGAACAGAAGUCAUCAGGGACAAAACCCUCUGAAGAAAAAAGAGAUGUGGAAACACCACCCAAAGAAGAAAAGGAAGUCAAGAAACUUCUCAAAGAAAAGAAGGAAGACAAGACAUCUCUUAAAUUAGAGAAAGAUGAUGAGAAACAUCUCAAAGAAGAGACAGGUGAUGAGAAACAUUCUAAAGAAGAUAAAGAAGUCAAGAAACAUCUAAAAGAAGAUAUAGACGACAAGAAACCAUCCAAACAAGAGAAAGCCAAGAAACAUCCAGAAGAAGAGAAAGAAGCGAAGAAACCUCCAAAAGAAGUAAAAGAAGUCAAGAAACCAUCUACAGGAGACAAGACAUCUCUCAAAGAAGACAAAGAAGUCAAGAAACCAUCUAGAGGAGACAAGACAUCUCUCAAAGAAGAAAAAGAAGUCAAGAAACCAUCUAGAGGAGACAAGACAUCUCUCAAAGAAGUCAAGAAACCAUCUAGAGGAGACAAGACAUCUCUCAAAGAAGACAAAGAAGUCAAGAAACCAUCUAGAGGAGACAAGACAUCUCUCAAAGAAGAAAGAGUAGUCACGAAACCUCUAAAAGAAGACAAAGAGUCCAAGAAAUCUCUCUCAGAAGAGAAAGACGUCAAGAAAAUAUCUAAAGAAGAGAAAAUAGUCGAUCAACCUAUUAAAGAAGAGAAAGAAGUUAAGAAACUAUCUAGAGAAGACCAAGAAGUCAAGAAACAACCAAAAGAAGACAAAGAGUCCAANGUCACGAAACCAUCCAAAGAAGACGAGACAGUCACGAAACCAUCCAAAGAAGACGAGACAGUCACGAAACCAUCCAAAGAGGACAAGACAGUCACGAAACCAUCCAAAGAAGACAGGAAAGUCACGAAACCAUCCAAAGAGGACAAGACAGUCACGAAACCAUCCAAAGAAGACGAGACAGUCACGAAACCAUCCAAAGAAGACAAGACAGUCACGAAACCAUCCAAAGAAGACAAGACAGUCACGAAACCAUCCAAAGAAGACAGGACAGUCACGAAACCAUCCAAAGAGGACAAGACAGUCACGAAACCAUCCAAAGAAGACAAGACAGUCACGAAACCAUCCAAAGACGACAAGACAGUCGAGAAACCAUCCAAAGAAGAGAUGAAAGUCAGCAAACUUCUCAAAGAAAAGAAAGGAGUCGAUCAACUUAUUGAAGAAGAGAAAGAAGUUAAGAAACCAUCCAAAGAAGACAAGGAAAUCCGCAAACCAUCUAGAGAGGAGAAAGAAAUCAAGAAACCAUCUAGGGAAGAAAAAGUAGUCAAGAAACUUCUCAAAGAAGAAAAAGAAGACAAGCAAGUCAUUAAAGCUUCCAAAAAGGAGAAAGAAGCAGAGACACCUCUUAAAGACGAGAAAGCAUUUAAUACAUCUAUCGCAGUAGGGAUAGCCUUCAAGAAGCCAUCUGAGGAAGACGAGAAGAUCGGUAAACCAUCCCAAGAGAAAAUAGAAG